ACUUAUAAACAUCUCAAACAGAACGGCAUAAUUAAUAUUUUUUAUCAUGAACAAAUUAGUUGUACAAACAAAAAAUUCAAACAACUUCAAACUAGGACCAGGCUAGCCUUCCUAAGAAAUUGGUACCUUGACGCGGUUUUCAUUUGGUCAAAUAAGGUUUUAGGCAGUGAAACAGACAUCAACAAUAAAAAAAGAACAAAUUUCACUAAAAAAACACAAUAAACAAAUAAAAACUCUAAUAAGUUGCAAAAUUUAUCCAACCACUGUCCUUGUUUGUUUCUUCCAGAUUACCAGAAAAAAAAAAAGACAAGUAAAAUUCAAAUUCAAAAACUCAGAAUACUCAAACUUAAUUGGGUUAUUCUGGGUUUGACUUCUUCCUUCCAAAUACCCACGACCCACCAUUCCACCAAACAGAAAGAAAGAAGAAAAAGAUAAAGAGGAGAUAAAAAAAAGAAGCAAAGUUUAAACCUUUUUCUUCAUUCUUGCAAAAAAUUUGAAGUUUUUUUGUUUUUGAGGGGAAAAAUUUGAAGUUUUUAGAGAAAGAAAGAUGAAUCCAAAUUGGGAGCUGAAAGGGUGUUGUAAUCAUGAUCAAAGACUUUUCAUUAUCACCAUUGCCAUCUUCACAGUUGUUAUUCUUGCGCUAUGGAGGACAUUUUUGCUGACACCUUUCAAGCUCAUUACCGUCUUUCUCCAUGAAGUCAGUCAUGCUAUAGCGUGUAUACUUACAUGUGGUUCGGUGGAGGGAAUUGAGGUUCAUGGAAAUGAGGGAGGUUUGACAAAAACACGCGGUGGUGCAUAUUGGCUGAUCUUACCUGCUGGAUAUCUUGGCUCUUCAUUCUGGGGAAUGCUUUUGGUACUUGCCUCCACAAAUCUUCUUACAGCGAGGAUUGCUGCUGGCUGUCUUGGGGUAGCUUUGCUUGUCGUGCUAUUCAUUGCACAAAAUUGGACACUUCGAGGACUUUGCAUCGGAUUUAUUGUUUUUCUUGCUGUAAUAUGGAUCUUGCAAGAAAAAACUGAAGUGCGGAUCCUUCGUUAUGUCAUUCUUUUUAUUGGGGUGAUGAACAGUCUGUUCUCAGUUUAUGAUAUAUAUGAUGAUUUAAUAUCUCGAAGAGUUAACUCCAGUGAUGCUGAGAAAUUCGCCGAGGUUUGCCCUUGCCCAUGCAAUGGGGUUGCUUGGGGGUUCAUUUGGGGAGUUAUAUCUUUCACAUUUCUCUGUGGAGCCAUGUACUUGGGCCUUGUCAUUCAGUCAUGAGUGACAAACAUCUUUGAAUAUACUUCCUAAGGUUCCUCAUGAUGGCAUACUGUUAUUGAUUUUUUAGUUUUGGUUGACAUCAGAGAUGAACAGAAUUCCUUCAUUCUUUUGCAGUAAUUUAUGCUAUCUUCGUACGAAAGGUGGCUUGUAAAUUUAGACAGAAUGAACCCAUUGUUUAAGAUUACUGGACUGAGAACAUGUAUCAAUAUAUUUGCCCAUUAAAUAGAAAUAUUUGAGAUUUUAUGAUGA